UGUGUAGUUACUAGGGUGGAGGAAAUAAAAGACCACCAAGCUCCACCCCAAAGCCAGUCAGCGCCGGGCGACAUCAAGCAAGAGAAAGACAAGGACAAUGCAGGCGAUACUCCUAGUGACUGUCUUCUCCUGUCUUCUUGCGGCUGCUGCUGCAGCCAUCGGAGACGUUGGUGAGGCUUGCAAAGACGAUGGUACCUGCACUGACCCCACUUCAGUAUGCGAAUCCAAUACUUGCAAGAUCAAAGCUGGAGCGACCUGUACUGCUGGUUCCACUUCCUGUGUUUCACACUCGACCUGCCCUGCCACCGGCGCCAGCGUGACGUGCGGGUGUGAUACCGGCUACACUGCACUAACUGGCGUGUGUACAACAAGCGGAGCCGCUGGUGAAGCCUGCAAAGCAGAUGGAAGCUGCGCUGAUGCCACUGUCGUCUGCGAGUCAUCGAUGUGCAAAAUCAAAGCUGGACAGACCUGUACUUCUGGUUCCACUAACUGUGUUUCACAGUCGACAUGCGUCACCGGCACCUUGAAGUGCACGUGUGGUACCGGGUACACUGCACAAACGUCUGGCUUGUGUAGCGGAGUUGCUCCCCAGUCUGUGUCCUCCUGGCUCCUCACCGGCAGCAUCAUCACAUUUUUGGUGACCUUCAGUCUGCCAUGACACCCUUUGACCUCCCACUUCAACCCCCAGACCGAAAAUGGACUUUGCUCACUCGUCCUCUACGACUGUAGUCUUUCCACAUUUUCACCAACAUAGGAAUUAGUCGGAAAAUUGAAAACUUCAAGCAAAGAAUGUAAAACUUUUAAAAGGUGUUCUCAAUUUUAUUUGAAAGGAAGAGAGGAAAAAGAAGAAAUUUUUUUUUUCUAAAUAGAGAGAUAUUAGACCGGAGAAGCCAAAUAAAUGGGAAGUAGUUUUUUACCAGCCCAUAGACAGGUACUGUGAGGUAACAAACCCAGUAUGACCUUUUGUUUUAUAGUAUUAAACUGCUGACGAAUUGUGUAAAAUUGAUUCUAUCAUCUGAAGUACAAACUUUCAUUUUGACCUGGUAAUAUAAAAAAUUGGGAAUGUUGAAGUACACAGUCGAAGAGCUCUCCUUUUUUUGUGUGCACAUUGUUACUUUUCUUUCGAAUAUAUUUCAUAGGUUAGUCUGAGUCCAAUUGUUGAGCAAAACAACAGGUUUGCUCGGAAUUACUUCAAGAAAAAAAUUCUUUAAUGGAGGCUCUACGUGAUGUGCAUUUUCCUUUCACACUUCUGUCUUUUAUUCUCUCCUCUCUCACACCCUUUUCUUCUCCUUUGUUUCUUCACUCUCUCUCUCUCCUGCAUCUUCACUGUAUGAACCAGACGUUAUCGUCUGGCGAAAGUAAUGGGCCUCCAUUGAAAAGAUUUUACUUGUUACCUGUAGUUUGAAUUUUUCCGUAAAAACUUUCUUUUUCCCACAUUUCAGUAGUUCAUUCCUCGUUUUUUAUUAUUUAGACUUUUAAUUGAUGAUAAUUACAGUGCGAUGUCUGUACUCUAACGGCGCCUUUUGUUUGGACUUAGCGAAUGUAACAAUUACACUCCGUCCUGUUUUAUUAUUAAACAUUGUUUUACAUGGACAAGUA